AUGAACAAAGCAAGCACCUCAAAAACAAAGGUGACCGAUCCCAAACCCAGGAAAGAUCGCCAUGCAAAGGUGAAUGGCAGAGAUCGUCGUAUCCGCCUGCCAGUUAACUGUGCUGCUAGAGUAUUUCAGUUGACUCAAGAGCUUGGUAACAAGACUGAUGGUGAGACCAUUGAGUGGCUUCUACGCGUGGCUGAGCCAACCAUCAUUGCAGUCACAGGAAAAGGUAUUGGUACGACCAAUACUACUCGGGGUCAUGCUCAAGCUGGUAGAGUCAACACGACAUCGGUUUCGUACUCCUCUGACCUACAUCCACUAGUUUCUACAGGGCUUCCUCUUAUGGAUCCUUCUGAGCCAGGAUAUAUGGAACCAAUUCAAACCCAAGGAUUGAUUAGUACGAACUGUGAGGUGUCUGCGGAUGAACCACUGUCAUUCCCUUCUGAGUUUGAUAAUCUGGAAACAAAUUUUGACAUGGAAUUUCCUGUCAAUGAUAUGUUUCCAUCAGUGUCAGGGAACGAUCAUGAGGAAUAG